AGUUUUUAGAAAUCACUGAACUCUCGAUCAUAACUUACUAUUAUUAUUAUUCCUGUUUCUACUUUAGAAAUCUCAUUGGCACUAUGACAAUAACUAACUUGAACGCCCCGUCACCGUCACCGUCACCAACUCCGGCACCGGCACCGGAACAAACUCCGGCAUGGUCACCGGAAAAAACUCCGGCACCGACUCCGGCACCGGCAUCAACAUUGGUUGAACAAAAGGAGAAUCCAAUGAACAAGUCAUGUGGACAGAUAAUCAAUUGUAAAGAAGCGAAAAAUCAAGUGUUGUUCUCCGUUCCGAUGAUUGUAGUGAACGGUUGUUUCUACUUCAUCAGCCUCGUCUCCGUCAUGUUUGCCGGACAUCUCGGGAAGCUCGAGCUGGCUUCCUCGAAUCUCGCUAAUUCAUGGGCCAUGGUCACUGGUUUCUCAUUCAUGGUCGGGCUAAGUGGUGCACUUGAGACAUUAUGUGGUCAAGGAUACGGCGCGAAAAUGUUCAGGAUGUUAGGGAUACAUCUUCAAACAUCGAGCAUCAUAUCGUUCUUCUUUUCUAUCGUUGUUUCUGUCAUUUGGUGGUAUUCGGAUCGAAUUCUGAUUUUACUUCAUCAAGAACCUGCAAUAGCACAUGAAGCAGGGGUGUUCUUGAAGUUCCUCAUACCGGGAUUGUUUGCGUAUGCUUUCUUGCAAAACAUUGUGAGGUUUCUUCAAGCUCAAUCGAUCAUCUUACCUUUAGCUUGCAUCGCGGUUGCAGCUCUAGUUCUCCACAUUGGCAUUGCUUAUGCUCUGGUUCAUUGGACACAUCUUGGUUUCAAAGGAGCAGCAUUAGCUGUUUCGAUUUCAUUUUGGAUCACAUUCAUCGCGUUGAGUCUAUACGUGCUUUUCUCCAAGAAGUUUAGUCAUAUAAGGCCCGAAGGUCUCUCAUCCGAGCCACUUCAACAUCUUCUUUCAAACUUGAAGUUGGCUUUGCCCUCUGCUGGCAUGGUGUGCUUGGAGUAUUGGGCGUUUGAGAUUCUUGUGUUAUUAGCUGGUUUGAUGCCAAACGCGGAAACAACUACUUCUGUCGUUGCAAUGUGCGUAAAUACAGAAACCAUAGCCUACAUGAUAUCUUAUGGCCUCAGUGCAGCUGCAAGCACGAGGGUGUCAAACGAGAUAGGAGCAGGAAAUAUCCGCAAAGCUAAACAAGCUAUGGCUGUUACUCUCAAACUAGCUAUUGUUGCUGCACUCAUAGUUGAUUUAGCCCUAGGUUUUGGUCACAAUGCUUGGGCUGGCCUCUUCAGUGAUGAAGCGGAGAUUAUUCGUAAAUUUGCCUCAAUGACACCUCUCCUAUUAGUCUCUUUCUUGUUCGAUUUCAUACAAGGAAUUCUAUCAGGAGUAGCAAGAGGAUGUGGAUGGCAACGUUUCGCAAUGUGCAUCAACUUGGCAAGUUUUUAUUUCAUUGGUAUGACAAUAGGCGCAAUCCUUGCUUUCAAGUUCAACAAAGGAUAUAAGGGUUUAUGGGUAGGGUUGAUUUGUGGUCUAGCAUGCCAAUCUACUAGCUUGUUGCUAUUGACAUUCUUUAUAAAAUGGGGAAAAGAAGAUCAAGUCUCAAAGGAUACCAACAAUGAAAAUGAAUCCCAACCUUAAAUUAAGCAUAGAGGUUAUCAUGUAAUUUACUUGCAUUGAUCAUUGAUGAUUAAUCGAGGGAAUAUAUCUCGAACUAUCGUAAAUGGUAAUGCCUGGGCACAAGGAGUCUAAUUUGUUCAAGGAGUUGAAACCCUAUAUAUCAACAGCUGCAGCUUUUGGUGGUGUCUGCAUCAGCCUGUUGAUUGUGUUGGCUGAUCUGACGGCGGCAAUUGAUUCACGACAAUUCAAGUUAUUUUCAUCAAACUCUUAAAAUUCUGAACGGGUUUAACGGGUGAGCUAUAGUUUGGCUCAUUUUUGACACCCCUAGUUGGACUCAAGAUAAUUUGAAUUGAGUUCAAUCUCAAUCUAUUUUAAUAGAAUCCUCAGUUGAGCCUAA